GCAAGACAAACUCAUACUCGCAUAUGUGUUGGCAAACCGUUUUAGGUAAAGCGUAACCGGUGUCGGAGGCAUCUAGAUUUGGUUGAUUACAGGUUGACUUACCCUACUCUCUACAGACAUCCGUCGCAAGCUUUCACUGCUGUUAAGCCUUACGUAUACGAAUGGGUAACCAGCAGAGCUCAGCUCCGCCGCCCAGCGCCCCAUCGACUGCUCCGGCAGCGAGCGCUGCGGCUGCUGCACCUAGCACGCCAGUUGAGGAUGCGGCCUCCUGUCCAGUAAACCCGAAAUAUAAGAACCCGGCAGUAUACAAUGUCUACGGUCAGCGAAUCAACGACCCAAACAGCCAAUCACCCAAGAGCCCACUAGCAUCAAUACAGGGCGCUGAUAUGCUUGACCCAAAGAACAACAUGCCCUUGGAGCCGAACCAGCUACCCUGUCCUGGACAGCGUAAACCACUGUCCACGGAGCGUGUUGCUUCCAACAUCCCCAAGGGCGGCACGGAGAGCACUUGGCUCUUCCCAUCUCCACAGAUGGUGUUCAACGCCCUGCGGCGCAAGGGCAAGGGUGAAGACAUCAGCGAGGAUGACAUGGACGGGUUCAUCGCCGCACACAACAGCAUGAACGAGGCCACCUGGCAGCGGGUGAUGCAGUGGGAGACGCUGCACCGCCAGGAGUGCGACUACCCCACCCUGCUGCGCUUCCAGGGGAAGCCACAUGACCUCAGCCCGCUGGCCUGGGUCCGCAACGUGUUGGGUGGCCCCGCGCCCUUCGACCGCCACGACUGGAUCAUCGACCGCUGCGGGAGGGAGGUGCGCUACAUCAUCGACUUUUACUUCUACGAUGACAAGGCGGGCACGCCGCAGGCUUUCGAGAUCGUGGCCCGACCCGCGCUUGACUCGGUGGAUGCGGCGCUGGACCGCGUCAAGAUGAACAUCUACCUCAAGUUCGCGGAGUGGGGGCUGCCCUGCCCCAUCACCGGCCACCCCAGCGGCAACGUGGCAGGGCAGCAGGAGCAGCAGCAGCCGGCGGUGGGGGAGAAGGCCUAAUGGGAUGCUAGAGGCUAGGGGGGGGUCAACAGCUUGGGUGCGAGGGGGUGCCUGGGGGUGUUAUUGGGGAGAAUGGGGACAUUGUAGGCGGUUUUGGGAAGAGGAUGGUUCUGGUGAUGGUGGUGGUGUUAUGGUAGCGAUGAAUGGCGAUUAGGGUAGGGCCGCUAGGUGGAUGAGGCGUGUAUCCCUUAGGUGGCAACGCAUUUUCGUGAGGUUUAUUUCGUGUCAGGUUUGCAUUCGUGCCACGGUGCAUCCCAUGUGCGCUGCACCGUUUCAUGGCUGGUGGCGCGUGAUAUCAACAAGCUAUGUGCGCGGCUCUCGCAGCACUGAACGGCUGCAGAGCAGCGCAUAAGAUUUAUAUAGGGCUUUCAUUCCACUCUUGCUUUUGCUAGGCUAUAUAGGCUAGGAGUUCACGACAUGAAGCAACUUGGGGUUCCGGAGCUCCGCAUGAAAGGUAGAUUGACAUGACGAUGAGCUGCGCUGCCUUUAGCAGUGGGCCUAAACAUGUGGGAUGUCGGUUUGCAGGGGCUUUUGCCAUCUUUGGUUUUUGUGUUACGGCGCUGCGCAUGCCUCUGUGUGACGUGAUUCCGUCUGGCCCCUGUAGGGGAGCGCAUCUGGUACGGUUUUGCAGGUAGGGU